AUGAUCCCACCUACUAUUAUUGACAAGCCGCUUGCAUCAGUCUCUUCUUCUUUGUCCUCUCCUCAAUUCAAUCUCUCAGCUUCGCAAGGUGCUGCUGAGGUAAGAUUCGCCGACUGGGAAACCUUUAAGUUCAACCCAAUCAGAGAAUCUACCGUCUCAAGAGCAAUGACCAAAAGAUAUUUUGCAGACAUGGAUAAGUAUGCUGAGUCUGACGUUGUUAUCGUCGGUGCAGGCUCUGCUGGUUUAUCUGCAGCAUAUGUUAUUGCUAAAAACCGUCCUGACUUAAAGGUUGCAAUCAUUGAAGCAAGUGUCCUGCCAGGUGGUGGAUGUUGGCUCGGAGGUCAAUUAUUCUCAGCAAUGGUUUUGAGAAAGCCAGCUCAAUAUUUCUUGGACGAGAUUGAAGUAGCAUAUGAAGACGAAGGAGACUAUGUGGUAGUUAAGCACGCAGCUUUAUUUAUGUCCACUUUAAUGUCCAAGGUCUUACAAUUUCCAAAUGUCAAAUUAUUCAAUGCAACUUGUGUUGAAGAUUUAAUCACAAGAAAGGAUGAAACUACUGGAGAGAUUAGAGUAGCCGGUGUUGUGACAAAUUGGACUCUAGUUACCUUACACCAUGAUGAUCAUUCAUGUAUGGACCCAAACACUAUUAACGCCCCAAUCAUUUUGUCUACAACUGGUCAUGAUGGUCCAUUCGGUGCUUUCUGUGCCAAGAGAGCUGUAGCUAUUGGUGGAUUAAAGAAGCUUGGCGGAAUGAGAGGUUUAGAUAUGAACUCAGCUGAAGACCACAUCGUUAAGGGAACCAGAGAAGUUAUCCCAGGUUUGGUCAUCGGUGGUAUGGAACUCUCUGAAGUAGAUGGUUCCAACAGAAUGGGUCCUACUUUUGGUGCUAUGGCUCUUUCUGGAGUAAAAUCUGCCGAAACUGUCUUGAAUGUUUACGAGCAAAGACAAAAAGAAAACCAAUAUUGA